UUUUAGAUAGAGAUAUCAAACUCUAAAAUUUCCAUCCCCAGAUUAGGGGUUAAGAAUCUGAAGAUAGAAUAAUUGUCAAAGUUUGAAACUCUUUAUUCAAUGCCAGUAAAGAGUUCAAUGUAUCCUUUGAAUCUAUCACUUCAUGUAAGCAUAAAUUAGAAAUACCUGGAAUGGUGAGAUUCACUUAAAAUUUUGGCAAAGUUUAUUAUGAAAUUUAUUAAAAAUUCUUAAUAUUUUCCAUGACUAGAGAGACCCAAUAUCCUCCAUUAUGAUGAAAUGGGAGCCAUCAGAGUUGUGAGGGUGUUCUUUAGAGGUAAGUUUAUCCUCAAGUGCUGACUACUCCUUCUGGCUUUUUCUAAGUUGGAUACAUGCUUUAAAAGACUACUAAUAUCUUAUUUCAAAAAGUGUCUAAUAUUUAAGCCAUUACUCUUGCUAGGGAGGAUCAUCUUUUUCUGAGGUAGAAAUUUAUUCUUGGCUUGCUAAAAUGAAUUAGAUUUUUUAUCUUUCAAAAAGAUUUUUCUCUCCAAAUUAAACUUAGAGAUAUGUUUAAGAAGCAUUCAAGGCUUGAAGCUAAACUCCAAAUGAUUCUCAGUCUUUUUAUUGCUGAGAGACUUUCUAUCCAUGUUAUCCAAGAUCUUUUCAGAGUCUCUUACUUUGCAAGAGACUCCAUCUUCACUCAAAAGUCCUUCAGAUAGUUUUCUUCUUCAUGAAUGUUUUUACUGGCAUUCAUAUUUACAGAAGUAAUACUCUAAUUUAAUAGUUUAAUAUU